AUGUCCGAUAGCAUCCCAUGGGUGCCAGGUUUCUGGAACCGAGCACCAUGGAGAACCGUGGGCGCACUUAUAGGAUUCGCUGUGACUUGCGGGAUGAUGGGCCUGGUUCUCGUCCUAUCCGAAGGCAGAGAAACCAACUCUUGGCCAACGCACAACAGAAACAUUACCGUUCCUGUGCUUCUGUCACUGCUAGUUGGCAUUGCCCUUCUUUUCUUAACGGUUGCAAACUCUGAAGGGCUUGCCAUCUCAUGGUGGCUCAAAGCGCUCAAAGGGACAAAACUCAAGGAGCUUCAGUACGAUCUUGAAGUCACUAGUAACUUGCUGGUUGGCAUCUUUAGGCCGACUCUCUUCAACCUAGUUACUCUUUCGGCCAUCAUCGCCCUUGUCGUGAGUGUCGGCACCAGUGCCAUCAUGCAGAGAUCUUCGACAACUAUAAGCAAAUCCAUCGGGCCAUACCCGACCAAUAUCGAUGCACCCGUCUUGAAUACAACUCUGCCGGCGAACUUUAGUGGGUGGGCAGGGAGUGGAUCGGAAAUAUCGUUGCUGAUGCCGGCCUUUGCGAGUGUCUAUAAGGAGUAUUCUAACCGCAGCAACAUCGUGAUACCAUCUGGGUGCGGCAACAGCACCUGCCAGCUUCAUAUGACAGGCCCAGGUUUCGACGUCGACUGUACAGACGGCUCCGUUGACUACGACUUUGGCAAAUUAGCAUCUGCGGCACUAGUCCACCAGAUUACGACGUUUCAAACCAUCAUCAACUUCGAGUCAAAACAAGAUCCUAACUCCCUCAAUCAUAUAAACAUGUCGGUGCUGUAUAAGCCGUCUCCUACGUGCUCUGGAAAAUUGACCAGGCACCACUGUGUUCUUCGAGCGGCCGCUGUGGACUACGCCGUUACUAUCACCAACGGUACUGCUACGCUCGCUCCCUGGGAUAUUUCUCAGAACACCACCAUAAGCAUCCACAAUUUCACCGACUGGAUGCAGCUCGGCUUUGGAAGCCUUGGAGCUGGAGGAUUCAUCACAUCGCUUGGAGGAAUCGCUUCGGCUUUACAAUCUCAGUACAACUCUAAUGCAACUCUUGUAUUGGCGGUGAUGACGCAAAAUCCGUUCCUGGUAUCUGCGUUUGGGCAGGCAGCCAGUACAUACUCGACAUCUGCAUUUGACGACUAUGGUAACUGCACCAUGACCUGGUCAGAUCCUAGAGAGGAUAUAAUCAACAGUGUUCGGGAGAUUGUGUUCCGCAGCGCCCUCUCCGUUGCAAAUUCGACCGGCCAGCCUAUCCAGUUUCAGCAGACGAAUGCCAAGAUGACGAGGAUCGGGAUAGUAUACUCUACUAACUGGAGGUACUUCGGCAUCGCUGUUGGUGUCAUGUUCUUGGAGGCGCUUAUGACUCUGUUCCUCAUUUGGGGCUGGGAGAAACUCGGCAGAGAGGUUUCGCGCGACCCAUUCGAGAUUGCAAAGGCUAUGGGCGCGCCUCUUCUGAAUCAUGGAUCUUCCAACACGUCAGCCCCCCAGAUUCUGGAUGCUUUGGGAAGCAAAAGGGUGCGAUACGGAGAGCUGGUCGACGUAGGGACGGGAAUUGCGCAGGAGUCGGCGGUGCCUAAGCAUGGAUACAACUUGGUGGAAAGUCAAGACCCGGACCUUUUGAUGCAAUACGUUUCACCUCAGCAUACUCAAGAGAGUUUGAGCAGGAGAAGAACUUUGGGCAUUGCCGUGACGGAGCAUGUUCAGCCUGUUCAACCGGGAGUACAUUAUUGA